AUUUUGCUCGACAUAAUUUGGAACGAUUGCUUUCAUGUAUGAAAAAUGGCCGGAAACGUUCGCCAGCAACUGUCGCAACUAGCAAGUUUAUCUCACUCCGGUGGGUCUCACAGAGAUGUUACGGAGAAAUACAAAGGGAUACUGGAGACCAUUCUGAAGACAGGUGGCAAUGAAAUGGUACCAAGUUUACAAGCCUUUGUGGAAGCAUUGGUGAAUGAGAAUGUCAGCCUUGUGAUUUCCCGCCAGUUGUUGUCAGAUUUCUGUGCCCACCUUCCUAAUCUAGAGGAUUCUGUAGCCAAACAAGUGGCACAUUUUACUUUGGAAAAAGUUCACACUAGAGUCAUCUCCUUUGAGGAGCAGGUUGCAGCAAUCAGGCAACAUUUAGCAGACAUUUAUGAGAGGCAAUGCAGUUGGCGUGAAGCUGCCAAUGUGUUAGUGGGAAUACCUUUGGAAACUGGACAAAAACAAUAUCCCACAGACUACAAGCUUGAGACAUACCUGAAAAUUGCCCGCCUGUAUUUGGAGGAGGAUCCUGUACAGGCAGAGGCUUACAUCAACAGAGCCUCUCUCCUCCAGGCGGACUCCAAAAACGAGGAGCUUCAGAUCCACUAUAAGGCAUGUUAUGCCAGAGUUUUGGACUACAGGAGAAAAUUUAUUGAGGCAGCGCAAAGAUAUAAUGAACUCUCAUACAAGACAAUAGUCGCUGAAGAGGAAAGAAUGCAGGCACUCAAAAAUGCUCUUAUCUGUACAGUAUUGGCAUCUGCUGGACAGCAAAGAUCAAGAAUGUUGGCCACACUCUUCAAAGAUGAGCGAUGUACACAGCUGCCUGCUUAUAAUAUCUUGGAAAAAAUGUAUUUAGACCGUAUAAUCCGCAGCAGUGAUCUACAGGAGUUUGCUGCUCUGCUUCAGCCUCACCAGAAAGCUGUAACCUCUGAUGGCUCUAGUAUACUUGACAGGGCAGUGAUUGAACAUAAUUUGUUAUCUGCCAGUAAACUGUACAACAAUAUUUCCUUCGAAGAACUAGGAUCAUUAUUAGAAAUUCCAUCUACCAAGGCAGAGAAAAUAGCUUCCCAGAUGAUUACAGAAGGAAGAAUGCAUGGCUGUAUCGACCAAAUUGAUUCAAUAGUGCAUUUUGAAGCUCGAGAAGCUCUCCCUACCUGGGAUAAACAGAUUCAGAGUCUGUGUUUCCAAGUCAACCAGAUCAUUGAGAAGAUCUCACAGUCAGCACCUGAAUGGAUGUUGAAAACCACAGAAUCUCAGAUGGCUGAGGGGCAAUGAGGGACAACUACCUGAGGGUUGAGGGACAGCCUCUUAGUGGGGGGAGGGGUUGAAAGUGCUACAAGGAAGGGAUGCUGACUAUAACAGCGAAAAACUACAUCAUUUAUGAUGAGGGAUUAAAUGUGAUGCCCGAACAGUUAAUCCAAAAAUGGAGCCAGCUGCAAUAUCUCAUCAUGAAGGGAAUCAGUUCAUUGCUAGUAUUGAUAUACAUGUACUUGUAUUUGUAUAACUUUGCUUGACUUACAGCCUUACAUGUACAAUUUUAAUCAAAUUUUGUUUUGUUUUGUUAGAAUUAAAAAUGUUUAAGUCACUAGAUGUAACCAUGAUCCGAUAAGUAUGAUGAAUUUUUUGUUUUGAUUGAUUAUAGCCCACAAAAAGAAUUUUCCUAUGAUUUUAAGUUCAUUAACUGACUCCUAUGUAUCUUGAAUGUUAUUAUACAUGUAAUUGUUAAACUUAAAUCCUUCUACCAGUACUAUAUUUAUAUUUAUCCAAUGGAGAAAAGAGGGACAUGUUGACUUUAAUUUUUUAACAGUUUUGUAACAAGCAAAAUUACAUACAACAUUUUUAACAAAACUUUUGUUAAAAAUAUUGUGUCUUGCUUGAGAUAAAUGAAAUGAUUUAUAUUUAACAUUGCAAACUCCAAAAAUAUUGCAAAUUGUCGAAAUAAAAAGUCAAAUAUUA